AUGUCUGCCGGGGCUGUUAUCGUACCAAUUUGGGAUGGGUCCGAUGGAGACGCGUCUCAUCAACCCGAUCGUACCACCCACAAGCUCGUCGACCCCCCGACCCUCUACCUGGAAAAGGUGGGAACUCUGUGGAUGAUCCAUUUGGGUAAAGCGCGCGCAGGCGUAAAGUACAAGCUUGAUCGACUACCACAGGGCUAUAGGAUGUAUGAGAAACCCAGGCAUAAUGAUCCUGCACAUGUCGAUAAGUGGCUUUACGGUCACCCAAACCACAAGUUUUUCGACUCGCCCAAUCGAUUCUUCCCACAUUUCCUCUAUCUUAUGGAACAUGGGGGCGAUAACAUGGGCUGUCUAUGCACCCUAUGUCAGACGAAGGGCGGAGGAAGAAUACCUAGGCUCUCUUCCGGCUCCGCUCAAUCGCCUCCAGCAAAUGUAGCUAAACCUCGUGGCAAGCCCCCAAAGCUAAGACCCGACAUGAACAGCAGUCGUGUGGACGAGGAAGGAACUCCAGAUGUAUACCGGAAUCUCAUCGACAAGCUCGAGCGAACCACAAUCCUUGAUGAAGCCAUUAAGGAAACCAUGAGUCUCGAUUGGCGAGCGGAACAGAAGCUUUUGCCGAAGGCAAUCACUAGAAUGUCUAACCAAGCGGCCUGGAUCCCGCGUGUGGGUGAACUCGUUCUUUUCGUAAGAACGAUUCCCGAAGGAGAGGAAUUCAGACGAGGCCGGGACACUGGACAGUUUGCGCGUUACAAGAGCGAAACUGAAGACCUCAUUGGACCUAUACUAUGGGAAGCCGGCGUGGUCGGGCAGCCAGCUGUGGAAGCCUUAGAACUCAAGGAUCUCGUGCUCGAGACUACCAAAGAAUACGACGUGAACUACUCUGGGUUCAGGGUGGAGCCGCUGCCCGAUCCAAAUGGACGGAGCAAAAACGAAUCUUUGAAGCACAAAUACCUCCCACUACAUCAUCUCCGUCCCUUCGUAUUCUGGAAAGAGAUUCUACAAGGCAUAGAGGAGAAAGACUGGCAUCCUACUAUCAACCAUUGUCGCAAGGUAAUGCGUUCCUUCUCUUUACUAGGAAAACACCGUUUUAAAGGAACGUGGCCGUCUGCAUCAAUCUACUGUCAAGGGAUGUAUAUUGGAUCAGAGUUGAUUCUGGUGGGAGAUGUCGUUAGGUUAAUGCCUAAGCCAUACGAAAUGGAAUGCACAGACGUUCUGAAGAUCACAGCUAUCAAGCUCAAACUCUCCAACCUUGACAAGGCUGGCGACAACGAUUAUGACGACAAGCAUCCUUACAACUCGGUUGUUCACAUCGCCGGAAUGGGCUUCACCUCAGCGGCUGACAGUAUAGAGCCGGAGACCGACGUUUUAAAUGCCAUGGAGGGAUAUGACAAUUGGUAUGCAAAACACAGCGCGGACAAACAGAUGGAGGUGCCCUUCAGUCGUAUCUUAGGUCGCUGCUUCGAAGGAGACGCCAUGAUGCUGUGGUUACCAGAGAGCCCAGACGGAUCUCCUUUGGCAGACGACGGCUCGAAUAUGGCAGCGAAUCUCUCGAACGGUCUAGAAGGUAUUCGUGAGGCUCGAGAGUUCUCUACCGACAACGACAAGCGAAUCGGGGUCGACCAGGGAGAAACUUGGCUGUGGGGCGAUACGAGGACUGAAGUGCUCGACAUCACUUCCUUCAACGGGGCGGACGUCGGAAGAAGUGAUACCAAACGAGACCCGAGCAAGUGGAGGAAGCUCAUACGUGUGUUAGAAGGAGUCGUAGAUGCACAAGAGAGGCAGGAAUUGAAGCAGAAGACACUAGAUCGGAGACCGCUUCGGGGCUAUCUUGCUCACAACUCACUCGUCCGCAGCGCUUUUGACGACCUGAGUGGACAAGGUGAGAGCUCAGCAACGACGCGGGAUAAUUCGCCCCGUAAGCGAAGCCGGUCUGUCGCACGCGCCGACGAUUCUGACGACGAAGAGGUUGCGAAAGUGAGGGGCGGGCAGAGCACUGAGCCUAUGCGGAAGAAACUCCUUGGUGUCUUCAUUAGCGAUUGAUGGCUGGGCUUUGCCGCGUACUGUAUGCAUAAUGAGAAGGGCUGAAUAUUGCAGCUCAUGGUAUUCCUCUUUCUAUGGUGGACAAAAAUCGGGAGGUUGGUUUUGCGUGUAACACUACUCCGGAAGCCUGGCCAGGCUAGUAGAUACCAAACAACAGCUGAAUAAUGAG